CGUCACCUACCAAAUUCGACAGUGUUUACAGAAAACGGGAUGCCGUGGAGAUUCGAUACGUUAUCGUAUAUGUAAUAUGCAGCCAUGCAGGGACCGGUCUGACUUUCGAGCUAUGCAGUGUAAGGCUUACAACAACAGACCCUACCGAGGACGGCUCUACAAAUGGAGACCCUUCCACGAUCCGGAAGAUCCGUGCAGUUUAACAUGCCAGGCGAAGAGCUUUUUAUUUGUCGCAAAACUAGCCCAUAAAGUUCAAGAUGGCACUCGUUGCCGGAAGGGUUCACUCGAUUUGUGUGUGGAAGGGGUGUGCAUGUCCGUUGGAUGUGAUCUUCAGCUUGGUUCACUGAAGAAGAUUGACGAAUGUGGAAUUUGUGGAGGAAAUGGAACAACUUGUAAACAUCCUGUUUAUGAGUGGUCGGAAACUGACUUCUCACCUUGUUCUGUGACAUGUGGUAGUGGUUAUCAGAUGUCAAGACCCAUUUGCAGGGAUACAGAGACCCAGAAAGAAUUUCCAGAAAGAUUCUGCGACUUUGACACAAGACCCCGACCACAAAUACGAUUAUGUAAUACACAAGGUUGUCCCGCAUUUUGGAUUGCCGAGGACUGGAGUCCCUGCAGUGUCCCCUGUGGCGGCGGAUUCCAAUUCCGCAAUGUACAAUGUGUUCGAGAUUCUUAUAACAGAACAAAUGUGCAGGUUAACCCUGGGUUUUGUUUUCCACCUAAGCCUAUCGACCGGCAACCCUGUAACACUGGGAUCUGUCCUCGUUGGUUUGAAGGUCCAUGGUCUGAUUGUUCAGUAACAUGUGGGCAAGGUUACCAGCAGAGAGCUGUAGUUUGCCGGAACAGUGAGGGGCAUUUAAGUUCAGAAUGUAAACUAAACAUCCGACCUGAAUUAAGAAGAACUUGUGUGAGCCGACUGCCUUGUCCUGUUACUAAACAUCCAGAAACUCAAGACCUUCCGCGCAGUCAGAUUGGCGUUUCCAUAUCGUCACAAACCAAUGAAUCAUCUCGACCGAAAACACAAACGAAGUUCAAGGUAGGCGAAUGGGAACCUUGUAGCGCCACCUGUGGUGAAGGGACGAAACGACGAUCUGUGGAAUGUAUAAUGUAUUUAGAAUUUGCAAAAACUGCUUCUACACUACCUGAUCACGAAUGUCCAGGACCCCGUCCCCCCGGGAAAGAAGUUUGCUUCAUUCAACCAUGUGACAACUAUCGGAAAUCACCCGAGGGAGGGACGUCAAUGAAUCAUCUUGAAGAAUGGAUUCAACAAAAAGCUGGUGGAGCAGAAAGAGGGCUAGGAGACAAAUCGGAGCAUGUGAUCAAGUACUUUUGGAAGAGAUUUGGAAUGUCUUCUUGUAGCGCUUCCUGUUUGGGUGGAACACAGGAGUCAAUGGUUGAAUGUGUUCGUGACUAUGAUGAUGUUGUGGUAGCACCAUAUUUUUGCGAUAUUGAUAAGAAACCGAACACUGUUACACGGACAUGCAACAAUUUUCCCUGCCCACCAAGAUGGAACUUGACGGAGUUUUCCCUAUGUUCCAAGAGUUGCGGAGGCGGAAUUCAGAACCGGAAAGUUCAGUGUAUUCAACAGUUGGGACGUAAAGAACGAGGUUUAAUAGUUCUUCGGAAUAACUUGUGUCCACAACCUCCACCGAGAUCUCAACAAUAUUGCAAUGUUAUCGACUGUCCCGCCAGGUGGCAGGUUGGAGCGUGGAGUAAAUGUUCUCACCUGUGCGGUGGAGGAAUACGAACCAGAAAAGUAAAGUGUGUUAAAGUAAUUCCUUUUGAGAACAAAAUAAACCAACCCCAGUCUAGUUGCCAAGGAGAUGCUAAACCAGUUAUGCAGGAAGUUUGUGGAAUCAAACCUUGUCAAGAAAAAGAUAAAACCAGCAAUGAAGGGCCACCUUACAUCAAGAUUUCAAAGCAAGACUAUAUCCAACAAGAACCAUACAAGAACGUGAAGUUGAACGUUGGAGGCCGAGCGGUUCUUUUAGAAAAAACGACUGUUAGAAUCAGAUGUCCUGUCCAAAGAUUUAACAGAUCACACAUUCGAUGGCAGAAAGAACAGAAGGAUCUGGCAGCGAGUCGAAAAUAUCGUUUUAGUAACAGAGGAACACUUAAAAUAAAAAACAUAUCACUUAUGGAUGCAGGACAGUACACCUGUAGGGCGGGGUCUGUAAAAGCAGAUAUAACCUUAAUUGUCAGACCUUUACCUUUCAAAAACUCGAGGGAAGGCAUAACAGUUGAGGGGUCUAACUUAUUAGGAGAUAGAAAAGAUCCCCACAUUGAAAUUACACAACAAUCCUACACCCAGAGCUAUCCUAAAGAGAGAGUUAACCUCAAGAUUGGUGGCAUUGCUACUCUUUACUCGGGAUCAGAUGCCAAAAUUCGUUGUCCAGUAUCAGGUUACGAUAGGUCGCUAGUACAGUGGUUUAAAGGAAAUAUGAGGUUAACGCAAAAGAACAAGUAUAAAAUCUCACCUACUGGUGCAAUGACCAUCAAGUCACUGAGAUUAGAAGACAGCGGCAAGUACACAUGUGUAGCUGGUUCAUCUAAAGCUGACAUGAUCAUAGACGUUAAACCAGUUUAUUCAAAGUUUUCUCAUGACGUGGACCGGACAGUAGAAAGACCAGAAGUUUCAUCAGAAUACAGUCACGAGGACAAUGGUCACGGGAUAACAUCGUCAGCGGUGGAUGAUACUAAAAGUCAUUUCGAUUUCAGACCUAGGGUUAAUAAUCCAGAAGCGAGACUUCUUGCGAGAUUUUUUCCCGAUGAUGAGAGCUACGAAAAAUCGUAUUAUGAGAUUUUGAGAUCACAAAGCUCGACUGGUUCCUCCAAGCUUCCACCUUCAUCUAACUCUUCUCUCGCACCUACGAAACCAACACACAUAACAGAAUUUGACUCAUGGGAGCUCCACCAUGGUGGUAGACCAGGUUUUGAUAUAGGACGCAAGGAAAUAUACGAAGGAGUAACUCGAGAAGAUGAGGAAGAAUUCGAUAAUGAAUCAUCCAGACAAACAGAUGGUCACUCGUUUCCUCGAUUACAAAGUUUGUUGGAAAAUAUGUCAAAAGUUUGGGGAAAAUCGAAAGAUUCUUUGAAUAGACGUGUUUUCAUAAAAGAUCAGAAAGAAAAUCGAAACUUAAACCAAAUAGCUAAGGAGGGAGGAAAGCAGCUUUUCGAAAGAGAAUGGUCUGAAACCUUAAAGUUUGAAUGGUUUAUCACUCCUUGGUCUACAUGUUCAAGGACUUGUGGAGAGAAAGCACUUCAGACACGUUCCAGUCAGUGUCUGUUAAAAAUUGAUAAUAAGCAAGAAAACCACUCCAGGGUUGUCGAUCACAAACUCUGUGUUAAUGCCGGACUCGAACCUCCACUCUACAUUAGACACUGUGCAAUACCUGAGUGCCCUCGAUGGAAAAUUGCAGAAUGGUCGGAGUGUUUGGACAUCAGCUGCACAAGCUUAUACACAGGAAAACAACACAGAGGGAUAAGCUGUUCUUUUCCCAACGGAACCAAAGUGUCCGACAGUAAUUGUGUUGAAAACGAGAAACCUAUCAUAUCUCGAGAAUGUUACAACCCUCAGUGCGUCGGGGUGUGGAAGGUUGAACCGUGGUCAGAGUGUAAUGCCGACUGCGGAAAGAUCGGCUUUAAGAACCGUAUAGUAAGGUGUGUGUGGCCGCGGACAGACAAACUGGCGGGAAAUUCGUGUAAACCUGAAGCCAGACCAUCAGUGAUGGAACACUGCACGGGACCGCCCUGUUUGUCAGGAGACAACUGUCCGGACAAGUCCAAGUACUGCGGGCUGGCCAAAAGGCUUAACAUGUGUAAAUUGGCUCACUAUCGAAAUCAGUGUUGUCGUUCGUGCACGCAAAGAUAGAAUCAAUGAGGACUGUGUAUUUUAAAGCAGUCGUUUAGAUAUCAUUUUGAAGUAAAAAAAAAUAGAUAGUCCGUGUAGUGUACAUACAGCUAUAAAUCAACUAUUUAAUUUUGACAAUAAAUACUGUAGAUUUAAUAUUAUUACUAGUUCUCUAAUGCAUGUCAGUUAUUACAUUACUCGAUACAAAAAACUAUUUAUUAACUGAGAACUUAUACGAAUAAUUAGAUCUGUAUGGAAUCUAGGCUCUAUAUUAACAAUUAGACCAAAGUUUACUAGUAAUCGAUUCAUUUUUUGGAAAGCGUAAUUUAAUUAUUAAUAACAAUACGAACUUAAUUAUUUGAACUAUUUAACAAACGCUUAAGAAUCGUGGGGACUCCACCUUCAGUAAGUUAAAGAUACUAAAAAUACACCAAAAA